AUGGUUUAUUCAAAAUUUGACUUAUUUUCUUCAUAAUUUAAUUUUAACAUUGAUGGCUAAUAAAGAAACAAAGGAACUCUCUUUGGUACAAUCCUUACUGUAAUUGUUGGUAUCUCUACUCUUACAUAUUUUAUUUAUAUUAUGGAGCAAUACGCUACUAACCAGAUUGAGCCUGCUUUCAGAUCUUAAAGUUUUAUAACUAAUGAUAGACUUGAUAUGCCUUUAACUAAUGAUUUAGUUGGAUUCAGAUUCGAAGCUGGCGAUGGCCUUCAAGGUAACUCUAAAGAUAAAACAUUUUUAGUUUAUAUGGCUUUCUUUUAUUACAGUGCUCCAAAUAUUAAUUAAUUCAUCCAGCUCGAUGUUAUUGAAUGUACAAACCCUAAUCUAGAAGGCUUUUAUUGCUUGGACUUUUCGAAAGUUUCAAAUUACACUCUAGCUCUAAGCAAUAAUGAAAACAUCAAAUCGAAUAUCGAGAUUUUCACUUAUGGAUGCUUGGAUAUAGAUAGCAUCAAGACAACUGUACCAAAAAACUGUGCUAAUUAAACUGAAAUAGAUAAUUUGAUAAAUGGCUUUAAUUCCAUCCUAAGAUUUAAACUAUUUACUUCAUAAUAUAAUACUACUUCAUAACAAAUUGAGUCAAGUUACAGGAAUGCCUUUAUCUACACAGUUGCUAACUAGGCUAUUCUUUCGUAAUUAAAGACACAGAAACAGGUAACAUAAAUAAAACAAGGACCAAUCUUUUAGAGAGAAUCAGCUUUCUCUUCACCAAUAUAAUAUACUUAAUAGGAUUAGGUAUAGGAUAAAUAAUAUGCUCUUUAAUAAACCGGUGCAGGAGCUUAUAGCAUAGCAGUAAUUUACCUUGAUGAAAUAGUUUAGUAAAUUUAAAUCUAAUAUCCUACUCUUCCAUAAGUGCUAGCUUCUGUUAACAGUAUUUUUACACUACUAAUGAUUUUAGGUAUUUUUGGAAGAUAUUUCUCAUAGAAUUCUAUCAAAAAAGACUUUUUUAUGCUUUUCUUCAGAAAUAUGUAUUAAAGCAGUUACAUUAAAAUUUUGUAAAGUUGUAAGCUAAUUAAAUAAUUAGAUAGUCCAUAAUAUGAAUCAUAAGAAAUUAAAUUUAUUGAAAAUUAAGAAACAACUGAAGUGAGAGAAAAUUUACCCAUAAAACCAUUAUUUGUACCAGCAUUUGUUUACAAAUAAAAGAAAUCCCUCGAUCUGGGUUUUUAAGACGAUUUAAAACAUAAUAAUAAUUGCAAUAAUCCUAAUUUGGAACCAGUAGAUUUUAAUUAAAAAAUAUAACGUGAAUGCAUCUCACAAGAUUUUGAGGAAAAUAAAAAUGAAAUUAAUUCUAGAAUAAUUUUUUAGCUACAAAAUAAAGAUAAAAGAUUAAAUCUAUAAAGAACAUCUUAAUCAAACUCAAUUGUAGAAUAAUCAUCAAAUAUUAAAUUGUAAAAUAGUAAUUAUCAGAUGAAGUCUAUCUUUGAUUCCUAGUCUGAAAACAGUUACUGCCUUUAAAAAGAAAUCUUCUAACUAAAUUAACAUCGAAAAAUAAGUAAUUUAAUUAAUUGCUAGCGAUAGUCUGAUAAAUAAAAAAUUCCUUAAUUUCCAAAUAGAUAAUCUCCAAGGAAUUAAGAAUAGAUAUAGCGACAUAUAUAAUUUACAUAAGAAGAUUAAAAAUCAGAAAUAAAUCAUGAAAACAAUUAAGAUUAAUAAUAAAUGACAGAAUAAAAUCAAUAAUUUUACACAGAAGUGGAUUCAAUCAUUGAAAAUUUACCAGAUGACGAUAAUACAAGAAUAGAAAAUUAAAAAGAAAAAAUUGUUGAGAUUUCCUCUAAUAAAAAAGUACCAUCAAGUUUUGUAAAUUCUAUGAAGCGUCCAUCUAUUGACACAAAAAUUAGUUAAGAAAAUAAAAAAACAGAAUUGAAUUAAAAUUUUUACAUUUAAAACAUGUAAAAUAUUUACAAUUAGAACAUGAAAACAAAAAUCUAAGAUGUUUUAUUUAGAAUGAGUUUGUUCAAAAAACCAAGUAGUGAAGUAAAGGAGUUGGAUAACUAAUCAUUCAGAUAGAUUGAAGAAUAAAUUGCUAAAGAAAUGAAUAUCAUGAAUAUUAUAAAGGAUAUCAUAUUUUUGAAAAAAGCAGUAAUGAUGAUACUAACUAAAGAUCAAUUAGCAACUCUGCAACUUAUUGGAUGUUCAUCAAGCUUUUUAGAUCUUAAUCUAAAUAAUAUGAAUGUGAGCUUUGAAUAACUAGAAAAAGAAAAAAAUCUAAGCCAUUACGAAAGUUAGCUUGCCAUUUUAUAAUCAGAAAAAUAUAUGGAAGAAAAUUUAGUAAAAUUCUUAAAUAGAAAUCAGAAUAGUUCAAAUCAGAGUAUCUUAGAUUAAAGAAUUAUAUUUUCGCUUAAAAAGAGUUAUAUAAAUUGA